AUGCGCGCAUGCGCGCUCCCUCAGGACGCAUGCACUUCUCUUGCUGGAUCCUUCCUUACAGCAGAUGGGAGUGCUCCAGGUAGGGAACCUGACUCUGGAGAGAAAAAAGAUCUGGGAAAACCUCCAAAGCCAACUGACCUUGCUGCUGUUAGCCAGGAGAAUGUUACUCCUGAAGCAGCUGCAGGAAAAUCAUCUCGUGAGAGCCCAAGCCCUCUGAAAAGCCCAAACACCAACAGUUCUCAGAGCAAACGCCGCUCUUGGCGUCGGUCAAGCCUGAAGGGGACAAAACGUCGGAAAUCUCUGCCUCCUUUUCAUGAGGAUGUUACUGCAUUGAGCCAAGCUAUUAGCCUGGACCUGCCAGAAACAGAUCGCCUUUCUAUGCUGCUCUUAUCCAGCUUCCAGUUCUCUGCACAGAAACUCGAGCACAUCUUGGAGCAGACAGAGGGCUUCAGUCCCGAGGCCUUCAAAGCCAAAGUGAGCUCAGUUUCAGAAGACCUGAAGAGAUACAUAGAGAAACUGAAGCUGGAUGGAACCCUGCAGAGCUGCAUCGAGAAAGCUGAAGGGGAUUCGUCGGACUCUGUUUCAGAUGAAUCAGUGUGCAAAGCAAAGGAGUGCAUUACCAGGUUUUCAGCUGAAUGCCAGGCGUGGGAUGAGCUCCUGCAGCGCUACCAGAAGGAUGCAGAGGAAACAUCCAGGCAGCUGGAGGAGUGCAGGAGCAGACAGGGCCGGGAGGAGCCUCCCAAUUACCUGCAGACAUCGCAGGCCGAGGUGCUCAGCACCAAACCCAAUUACCAGAGGAUCCUGGAUGAGCAGGGAGAGGUGCUGAACUGCAUGGAGCUGGUGGGGGAGUGA